UUGGCCCUUUGGGAUUUUGUCCCCCAUCCAUUGUGGUGGGGGAACCGCUCUGCAGCUUGGGCAGCUCCAAGAUAUGUUGAGUAAAAUCGGCCAUUUCUUUUCUGGAUUUCAAGAAUAAAUGGAAUCUACGGAGAAGAAUGAGACAGGCCACGUGGCCAAGCGUCUCACAGAACAAGAAGUUGAGAAAAUGAAGGCACAGGACUCUAGACUGGUGCCUCAGCAUCGUGCGAAUCUUCUCGAGAAAGAUGCCAAAAAGUACUGGGAUUUGUUUUACAAAAGAAAUACCACUAGUUUCUUCAAAGAUCGACACUGGACGACUCGAGAAUUCCAGGAAUUGCUGGACAUUGGGAACGCGGAGGGUGGGUGCUUCAUUGAGGUGGGCUGUGGCGUCGGGAACUUGAUUUAUCCUUUGUUAGAAGAUGGGUUGAAGUUUAAAAAAAUUUAUGCCUGUGAUUUGUCGCCCAGAGCUGUUGACUUUGUAAAGGAGCACAAACUGUACGAUCCAGAAAAAAUAAGAGCUUUUCAAGCAGAUGUUACGGCUGAUAACUGUUUCUCUGAGAUCAGCAGCGGGGUUGAUGUAGCCACACUGGUAUUCGUCUUGUCUGCAAUACAUCCCCAAAAAUUUCAAUGUGUUGCCAAGAAUCUCUUUCGAAUUCUCAAAAGGGGAGGAACCGUUUUAUUUCGAGAUUACGGACUUUACGAUAUGGCUCAGUUGAGAUUCAAACCUGGGCAUAAGAUUGCAGAUAACUUUUACAUGAGACAAGAUGGAACAAGAAGUUACUAUUUCGCAACAUCAGAAGUCGCAGGAAUAUUCAAAACAUGUGGAUUUGAAGUGGUAACUUGUACAUACGUUCAAAGACGAACGAUAAAUCUGAAGGAGAAAAUCGAUGUACCGAGAAUCUUCGUUCAAGCAACGUUCAAGAAGCCCUGAAAAUCCUAUCAUAGAUAGAAAUUGGUUCGUUUUGAAUGUUCUGAAAGCAAACUUGAUGGAAUGGCAACAACAGAAAACUGCAAUAUCCUGAAAUGGAGGGAAUCCUCAUGAUUGAACAACUUCAAUACUGCUAUUGACUUUGCCACGCAUUCAAUGAAUGGGUGGAAUUUUCAUGAUUGAACAACUUCAAUGCUGCUAUUGACUUCGCCACGCCUUCAAUGGAAUGCAUUCAUCUGUCAGUGGGUGAAUUUUUCUAAAUGUACAGUUACGAAAGAAGCAACUGAAACUGAAGACGCUGAUCGGUGACACUGGCCUAAUCACGUUCACCAAUUGAAUACAGAUCAAGGUGUUGCGUGCUGAUGUUCAUGUUCAUCCGAAAAUUUUUUGAAUUCAAUGAAUUUGAUAAUAAAGAAAAGUUUUUAUUGUUAAAAAAACUUGAAACACUAAUUUUUAUUUACUUGAAUUUUCUAUUAUAUUUGUUGAUUUUCAAUACUUUGUACAUGUUAUAUCGUUUUUCAAUACACAAAAUAGCAUAUUUCUGA